UGAUGGUGCUGUGGUUUAAACCACUGAGCCUCUUGUGCUUGCCGAUCAGAAGGUCGGCAGUUCAAAUCUGCGUGAUGGGGUGAGCUCCUGUCUCUUCUAUAUAUCCAGAAAUGUGCACAUGAAGGUCAAAGGGAUCAUGGGAAAUGAGAAUGCCACAUCAUGGACAGAGUUUCUUCUUGUGGGCCUUGUACAUCUGAGGACACCCAACAUCUUCUUUGGUGCAAUUCUUCUCAUGGUUUUUGUUGCUUUGCUGGGAAAUGGUCUCCUCCUGAUCCUAAUCCAAAGAGACUCCUCCCUUCACGCCCCAAUGUAUUUUUUCCUCAGCCAAUUGGCCUGCAUAGAUGUGGGCCAAAUCCUCGUUAUUGUCCCUAAAAUGUCUGCGAACUUUUUAGCCCACAGAAACACCAUCUCGCUCGGCGGUUGUGUGGCACAGAUUUUCCUCACGUUGACUGGGGGAGGUGCAGAAUGCCUGGUCCUGGCCGCCAUGUCUUACGACAGUUCGAGUGGUCAUCCCUUCUGGAGUAGCAGAGCAAGAGGUAGGUGAGCAAGCAGUUUGCAGACAUGAACAGGAGGCUGCUUGCUUGUUCCACAUUUCACAGUCGGCUCAGUUUUACAAAACUCAAAGGAAAAGCUCGUUCACAAUUUAUAUGGAUAGAUAAAGGAAGAAUAAUUUGAAUAACUGGGGACAUGCUGUAGUUAAGCAAAAGUCUAAGCUGGAAUUGAAACAUGCACAGCUGGUGAAAAUUCAGAAAGAUGGGAAACGAAUAGAAAUUAGGAAAAGGUAUGUUAUUGUGAGCAGCAAAGGAAGGAGAGAAAAGAAAC